CUAGAGAGGGUUGAACUUCUCUGUCCAUUUCGCUCGCUGUACCCAGACGGAGACAGCAGCCAGCCUGUUUACUACACUAUUACACCGCUUUACCGAGAGAAACUCCGACGAUCUAACAUGCAAAUGACACAAAGACAGUAGUUCAGACAGAAAAGAUGGAGGACGUGGCCCCAGUUCUCGCAGGCCCGUCUCAGCCCACGUUCUCCAGGCCCUCAGAGCGCCGAAACCGCAAGUCUGGCACCGCGAACAUCUUCCAGGGAGUGAACCUGCGGCAGCUGCGGCGGCUCUUCCAGGUGGCAGGAGACCCGGAUGCGGAGCAGAGGGCGCGGAUGGUUUGGGGCCGACGGAGGGCGGCUGGGGGCGCAGAGGAUGGAGCAGAUGCAGAGCAGGAUGAAGACAGCGGGGCGGCGGAGGUGGAGACGGGGCUGGCACAGGCGCUGGUGGGGCUCCGAGUCCGAGCCAGGAACAGAAGCGGACUCCGGGUGGAGCAGCAUAAAGACACGAGCGGUCAGAGAUGGGUCAGAGCCUUCGGCCAUCUCAGAAUAAACGAGGGCUCGCUGAACCCGACGACCGAAGGCACGCCUGCAGAAGAUGAAGAAGUCAAUGAGGAGGAGGAAGAAUCGUCCGCUGCUGGUGGCCAGAGCUCUUUUGAAAGCUCAUCACAUGACCAGGGCGACUUCCCAUCCACGGAGGAAGAGACUCAGGGCCCCGGCCCCAGAUGGAGCUGGAACGCGGUUCAGGAGAAGGACCCGGAGCGCUACCUGCACCGCAUCCGACACUGAUGCAGCAGCAAA